UUCUCAAUUCUGGCAACAGGAGACAGUCAAACCAGAGAAAUGAGAAACAUUCUCAUAGAACAGGAAGUAACAGCAGACGUAAUGCCAAUAGCAAGGAAGACAACUCUGAUGAGAAAUCUAGCAAGAAAGACGACUAUGGCAGUUUUUUGGCAGAAAAGGUCCUAGAGAUCAUGAAUAAAACUAGAGAACAGAUACAGGAUACAUGGGAUAAGGUGAAGGAUAUGUCAGAGAUCUUUUGGCACGAGCAUCAGCCGACCUUGUAUCGCCUACACGAUUCAUUUUCAAGGAAGUUCCAACAUCUAAGUAAGAGAUUUCAGAACAAACUGGCCAAGAAGAUGAAGAAAUGGUUUCGUAAAGGGAAAGAAUACACUCGCCAAUGGAGUAAUGGUCCACAAGCUAACACAAAGAGAAGACCAUAUCAAUCUGAAGAUGAUAUUUCGAGUUCUAAUCGUAGUGUUGAAGUAAGACUAGUGAAGCUAAGUCAUCAAGUACAGGCAUUGAAUGCCAAGAAAUUCCAAAAAUUGAAGGAUACGCAAAAGGUGCUGGAUAUACAAAAGGAAGUUCAGCAAGUUAAUAUUCUUGUCAAUGAAGGUGAUGAUGAACAAAUGGAGAAAAACAAGUUAACAGCUUGGUAUUUGAAGUGGUUAAGUUGUCAGUCACAGUGGUGGAGAAACUUGGAUGUUGUUAUGGUAACAGAUGACUGUUAUUUAUCCCUGUGUUGUUGGCAGGUCAAGGUCUUUGGUGGUGAUGCUAAACAGUGCAGAAAGGUCAAAAUUUGGCAUGGGAGAGUUGAAGAUACCUGCACAUUGGAACCUUUAGAUCAAACAAGAACAUCAAAGGAAAACAACCGUCAAAGUGAAUAUGGACCAGCAAACAAUGAUCAAAAAAAUGAAAACAAAAAUCAAGGUCCUUCUACUGCUCCAUACAAUAAUGAUGAACAUGAUCGCAAGGAACCAGCCAAUAGUAUGGAGGAGAACUGGUUCCUGGCUAGAGGGGAGGAUAGGGAAUAUAACAGGGAGGAACCAGACGACUGGUUCUUUAGGCGUCAAAAUAAACAAAAUGAACAAACAAGACAGGAACAUGAAGAUAGUGAUAUCAAUAAAGAUGACAAUGAUGAUGAUGCUGAUGAUAAUGAGCCUUAUUACUAUUAUAAUGAUGGCGAUUAUGAUGAUGAUGUUGAUGAUGAUGACAAUGAUGAUGAAUUUUGUGGUUCUAGCUACAAUGAUUGUAGUUAUGAUUUCCAAGCAGGCCAUUGUGGAUGUCCAUAGUCUGUAAAAUACAAGUAAUGUUGACACAAGUAUUUUUAUCAGAGUUAUUGUUACAGUCAUCAUGAUCUUUAAGAAAAAACAACUUGUUAAUAUUUGAAUAAGAAUGUAUUAAGGCUUUUGAAAAUAACAGAAUAGAUAUCAGAUAUUUUCGUUGAAACUUUGAGAUUAGCCAAAUAUUUUUCUGAUAAUUUCUAUGAUAUGUAAGUUACCUGUUUCACCUGAACUUUCCAUGUUUUACCAAAUGGAGUGUUAUAAUUUCUAAUAUCAGUAUUCUUAAAUAACCCUUGUUUGAAGUCAAUUACCAUUUUAAUUGCAGAAUGAUACUGGCAUAUUACAACAUAAGGCAAAGCAAAUUUUGAUUUAUUUGUUACACAUUACAUUGUCUAUUUUGUUAUUAAAAUUAAUCCGAGUAGAGUUUAGAACUGAGAAAAUGGUACAUAAUAAUAUUUUAGUUACAUCAACUUACAUCAAUAAAUUUUAGUACAAUACCUUUAUAUAUAUAAAUGUGCUCUUCUCUUCACUUUAUGUACAUGUAAUUAUUUUGAUACAUUGUUUUACCAACUCAUGUCUGUUAAGAAAGAAUUUAGGUUAUUCUGCUGAUGCUGUCUGUCCACUAGCUUCUUGUAGAGUUUAUAUAGGGUAAAGAACGUGACUUUCUGACAAAAGUCUGAAGUCAUAUGAUUUCUACCACUGAUACAAGUCGGUUUAUCACACUAAAAGAGAAAAAUAAAUUUAAAAUUGUAUUUUAAGUUUAAAUCAACAUAUAGUUGCAAAAAUAUAUACAUGUAUAUGUAUAUAAGAAUCAUCUUUUCAGAUCUAAAGGAAAUCACCUGGUAUAUUGAAUUGUGUUCUCAUAAAAGAAUCUCUCAAACAUGAUCAUUGGUGAAGGGUUUUAUUCAUUAAAUGUUACAUAUAAACGAAACAGGAUCCUUGACUAUUUUUCUGUCACAAUACAUCUAUUGACUGCUUUUUUCUGAGUGUUUUUUUAAUUAUUUUUUUUAAGAGACUUAAAUAUUUAUUGGUUCUGACUUUAUACACUUUUAGUGGUAUAAGUAAAUAUACAACAGCGCUUAUUGUGAGGCAAUCAUGUAUACUCAUAAUACUGUAGCAAAUCAUUCCUAUUUUAACUUUUAUUUUUCGUUAUAACAGAGUGACUGUGAUUUUGACCCAUUGUUAAUUCUUCCAUAUUUUAUUACAUUUUUGUUUUCAUAUAAAUGUUUGAAAAUUCA